AGUUACCAAAUCUCCGCUUCUCAAUAUUAUCAUCACCGUCGAAAACGGGAAAGAAACCAAGUCAAAAGCGGCGCGCUUAAAAAAACCUGACACUUCACUUUAUACCAAAUCCCCUCUCUCUCUCUCUCUCUCUCACACACACUCUCAAUGGACACCAACGCCGACGAAACGACGCCGUCUCGGGGCUUCUACGCGAGAGGCGCCGGAGGCAAACUCAAGAAGCCGCCGUCGCGCAAGCCGCCGACUACUCCUUACUCCCGUCCGCCGACGAACCAGGCCGAGCGGGGGAAGCGGCGCUGGCUCUCCAGCGUCGUUGAUCCGGCUUAUCGCCUCAUCUCCGGCGGCGCCACCCGGCUGUUCACCUCUUUCUUCUCACCCGGCGCCACCCUGAGUUCCGCCAGUGCCUUACCCGCGCCGCCCAAUGUGCAGCGUCACGAGGAUGAACAGGACGCAGAGAUUGAGCAGAAUGCUGGUGGAGACGAGCGCAAUGGUGAUUUAAAUAAUUGGGUGAGUAGAACUGAAACAGGAGGUCCUAGCACAGUAGGGAAUAGUUCAAAUGAUGAUUCUGGUUUUCAAGGCCACAGUGUAGACGACAACAGAAACCUUUCUGCUGAGAGUGGGCUUUCUGAAAUUGAGCAGCUACUGAAGGGGAAAAAGUUUUCUAGGGAUGAAGUCAAUCGCCUGAUGGAAAUUAUUCAAUCAAAGGCUGUUGAGCAUCCUACCAUGGGGCACGGAAAGGAAAAACUAAGCACUACUGCUGGAGGAGAAGCCAAGGGGACUGUAAUUACUCAUGCUGUUCCAAAGGCGUUAUCUGGAGAAAAUCGGGAGGAUAUGAGUAAAGCAAUCUGGGGAACCUCCACCCCUCUACCCCAGUCAGCUAGGCGAGAGGAGAUUGGCACUUCACCCUCACAUAUUCAGAGGCGAGACGAGAUUGGCGCUUCACCUAUUGAAAUUGCAAAAGCAUAUAUGGGAAGCAGAACAUCAGAUAUUGAUGAUAGGGUAGUACUGCAUAAUAAUGAGGUUGCAUCAACACCAUUCAUUCCAGCACCUUCCCCUAAGCCAUCAACAUGUUGGCCUGGUUCCAUGGUACAAAAUCAACGCGAUUAUUCAACCCCACAGAGUGAAAGAGGCAGAUUUGGCCUGCAUAAUUUUCCCAGAACCCCUUAUUCAAGAACUAUCUUUUCAAAAUCGAAGUCCAAGUUCAGUCCAUUGCAAGGUGGUGAUGAUAAGGCCCAAAGAACAUCAUCCACUCCUUUUAAGCACCUGCAAACUCCUGUAUUUGGGCAGACUUCUGGGAAGCCAAAAGGUGACGCAUUGGAUGGUGGCUAUGGAUCAUCAGUAGGACCAAUUCGCAGGACACGCCAUAAAGUAGCGACACAAACUCCCCCUAGAGGAUCUCCUUAUGUUCAUUCAUCUUUGAUUGGAACUCCACGUGUGGAAAAUUCCCACAUCCACAAAGAAUUUUUGCCUGCUGGCAAGAAGAAUUUUGAACUUGGAGGAAUAAGUGGCAACUCUCCGUUCCAGUCAAUAGAUAGAAAGUCUUCAAGCUCUCAAGUGGGUGUUCAUCCACAGUCUAGUCAGUUAGCAAGGACAAUUUUGGAGCACCUUGACAGAAAUUCACCCACUCCUAGAGAUAAGUCAGAGGAGUUGAAGCUAGCGACUGGGUGGAAGAAGCCCCCGACUUCUGAUAUUCCUUCUCUCAACCAGAAUGGAGAUGAUAGCUUACCUUUAGGAGGGUCCAGUUCCGGUAAAGUCAUAAAUAAUGAUAACCAGAAAAAGCCUGCUCUGGAGAAUGCUGACAAGUGGAACUCUCUGUUUAAGGUUCCACCUCCUAAGCCUACUGUAAAAGUUGCUGAUGUUGUAAGCAAUGGUCCUUUUGGUGAUGGGAAUGCUGGAAAAUCUCUAGCCAAGAGCACAGAGGCUUUUCCACAGACUACCUUAACUGCUGUUGAUUCGGAGGUUCUAAAUCAACCGAAGAAGCUCCUCUUUCAACCUUCAGGGACUAAACGUGUAUUCCCGGCUAUAUCUGUUGACAAGUCUACCUUCACAUUUCCGGUGUCUACAUCUUCUACGGUGUUUUCAGAACCACCCACACCGUCCAUUAUGCCAACUUUCUCACCUAGUCCUGAUCGUCAGCUAAAAGAUGGAGAUACAGCUGUUCCUACAUACAGUUUUGGAUCCAAGAAGUCUGAUCGCCUUGUAUUUACAUUCCCUUCUAUCGGUGAUGCAACCCAGAUUGUUACUUCAGAUAUUAAGUUCAGCUUUGGAUCAGAUAAGCCAAGGCUGUCUUUCAAAGAUGCCAUCUGCCAUUAGUUAACAAGAUAUGUUAGGAUGUUUCAUCCUUUUUAUUCUGUAGGGGUGUAAUAUUCUUUUCAAGAGUCUGUCAAAUAUUGUAUUUCAACCCAUGCCUCGAUGUACCCUGGACUUGGAGCGAGGCGGGUAACCAGUUUAGUGAAGGUGAUUA